UCAUAUCUCUUAAAAGUUUAUUAUGAUCUUAUCGAGUUUUCGAAAUGAAAGUCACCAAAACAAUUAUUUAAAAAUACAUAUGUGAUAAAAAAAAAAUGGUUCCUGAAAACCAAUGUUUUCAUGAGUAGUGACAAGAGUUGCUGUCUUGGAAGAACUUGGAUUGUUCUGGGGACAAAUUGACAUUGUGACUCGAACCUCCACCAUGCAUGGAUCCACACACAGUACACCCCCCUUCACUGUCAUCCACCUCUUCCCAUCCUUAUAAUAACAAUCACAAAACGCAUCAUCUCCCUUUUCCUACUCAUAAAGAUCACCAUCAUUUCAUUUCCCAUAUAAAAAGGCACACAAAGUAUUAGGAAUAAUAAUAUAUUAACAACAACGACAAUAUAAUAAUAAUUUCUUUCUCCCUUAAUAAACAGAGCCUGCUCUGUUUCUUCUUCUUCUUCUUCGCAAAAUGAUGCCGAAACAACCGAUGAACGUUUUGACCACAAAACCUUCACCUUUGAGCACCAUGGUGGUGAUGCUGAUCCUCUGCAUUCUGGGUUUCUACGCUCUGCAUUUCCCUCACUCUUCCACACCUUCCGAAAACCUCUCUCACUUGGAAAAACUUUUUCUUUCCACUUCCUCAAACUCUACUAUUUCGUCCUACCUCCGCGCUCUUACCAUGCACCCUCACCUCGCCGGAACAAAACCCGCUUCCGACACAACCCGCUACGUGCUUAACCACUUCACUUCAUUGGGCCUCUCGGCCCAUACAACAACCUACACCACUCUCCUCUCCUUCCCCGUGCGCUCCUCCCUCUCGGCGCAUUUUAACGACGGUUCUUCGGUGAGCCUGCGGCUCACCGAAGAAGCGUCGGGGGCGGGGGUGGUGGCAGCGUACCACGCGUACUCGCCGUCGGGCGCGGUGCACGCGCCGGCGGUGUUCGCGAACUACGGGAGGCAGAGGGACUACCGCGCGCUGGCGGCGAUGGGGGUGAACGUGAGCGGCUGCGUGGUGGUGGUGCGUAAGGGCGGGGAGAUGGGGCGGGGCGCGGUGGUGGAGAGGGCGGAGGUGAACGGCGCGGCGGCAGUGCUCGUUUACGGCGAGGGUGACACGUGGCGGAAGGGGUUUGAGAGGGGACACGUGAUGAGAGGGGGGAUAGGAGACCCACUUACUCCCGGGUGGGCUGGGGUUGAAGGGGCUGAGACGCUGGGGUUGGAAGAUAGGGAGGUUUUGAAGAGGUUUCCCAAAAUUCCAUCUAUGCCCUUGUCAGCUGAGGUGGCUGAUACUAUUUUGUCCUCUCUUGGGGGUGUUCAUGUGCCCCUUCAUUGGAGGGGUACCCUUAGGUCUAAGGUCAGGCAUGUUGGUCCUGGCCCCACCUUGCUCAAUUUCACUUAUGAGGGUGAAAAGAAGGUGGCCACCAUUCAAAAUGUUUUUGCUGUCAUAAAGGGAUCGGAAGAACCGGAUCGAUAUGUUCUGCUUGGGAACCAUAGAGAUGCAUGGACGUAUGGUGCUGUUGAUCCCAGCAGUGGAACAGCUGCACUACUCGAUAUUGCUCGUCGAUUUUCUGCUCUACUGGGCUUGGGGUGGAAGCCAAGGAGGACAAUCAUUCUCUGCAGUUGGGAUGCAGAGGAAUUUGGGAUGAUAGGAUCCACUGAGUGGGUUGAACAAAACCUUAUUAAUCUAGGUUCCAAAGCUGUAGCAUACCUUAAUGUGGACUGUGCUGUGCAAGGUCCUGAUUUCUUUGUUGGUUCAACUCCUCAGCUAGACAAUCUUAUUCUUGAGGUCACAAACAAGGUCAAAGAUCCUGACUCUGAUGGUGUGUCAUUGUAUGAGAAUUGGGCUGCUGGUGGUGGAGGCAAUAAUAUUCAGAGGCUCAGUGGAGUUGAUUCUGAUUUCGCUCCAUUUGUGCAACACGCAGGGGUUCCAUCCAUUGAUAUGUAUUAUGGAAGAGAUUUUCCCGUCUAUCACACUGCGUUCGACUCCUAUAACUGGAUGGCAGAGUAUGGCGAUCCAUUCUUCCACCGCCAUGUUGCUGUUACUGGAGUUUGGGGGCUUCUAGCUCUUCACUUGGCUAAUGAUCCCAUUCUUCCUUUCAAUUACGUUUCAUAUGCAAAUGAGUUACAGUUGUACAAAAACACGUUGAGCAACUUGAUAGACCAGAAAAUUUCUCUACAUCCAUUAACCCUUUCAAUUGAAGAAUUUGCUUCUGCUGCCAAGGAAGCUGAUGAUGAAAUAAAGAAACUGAGAUUGCAAGAAACUGAAGGUUGUUUUGUAGAUAUGAAAAAGCGAGCAUUGAAUGAUAGACUAAUGCUUGCAGAAAAAGGCUUCCUGGAUGCAGAUGGACUUCAGGGAAAGCAAUGGUUUAAGCAUCUUGUGUUUGGGCCUUCCAGCGACCAUGAAAGGAUCAAUUUCUUCCCAGGGAUUUCUGAUUCUACCAUUACGUCAGCAGGUGUAAGUGAAAGAGAAAGGCUAGCAUCAAUUCAACACGAAAUCUGGAGGGUUGCCAGAGCCAUUCGAAGAGCUGCUUCUGCACUCAGAGGAGAAUUCACCUAAAAAACUAAAUGUGAAAAAAAAAGUUAAGUUAGAGGAGAAUGGAGAUGGAUGAAAUCAUCUCCGUUUGAGUUACCUGUAAAUAUAGUAGUGUUUCUUUUUAACACGAGCAGAGUUACCUGCAUUUUGAGGUAUAUAACUGUACAUUAAGUUGUAAAAAAGGAGAUGAAUGAACAUGCCAGCAGUUUGAAGACACAUACACGGUAAUGAUAGCAGAUUUUGUGCUUAUAAUGAAUGUUCUGCACAAGUUUUUCUACAUUUUGUUUAGAGCACGGAGAAAUUUUGGUACGAAUUGUAAUGAAAAAGCGCUGAAUCAAUCAAA